AUGUCGGAAGAAAACGAGAAAGUUGUUUCUAAUCAAAAUGAACAAGGCGAUUCAGCAUCGAAGUUUCUAAGCGAGGUGAAUCUAUUCAUGGAGAUAAUCGAUGCUAUCAAGAGCGUUCACAACAUGUGUCAAGAGUUGUUGAAUAAACAGAAAACUCUCGAAAAAUCUAAUAUGGAAAUUGCCGGAAGGCUUCAAUCGGCUGAAGAUGAAAUCUGGAAAUUUUCACAAAAACUUGAAGACACUGUCGAGGAGGAACUGACCGAAGACACGACUAGCUGUCAAGGAAUUGUGGAAAAUAAUGAGAAAAAUUCACUCGAUGGUCUCAAAGCUGCUGUUCAGAUUGUAGAAGGCACCUGUUCGAUGUUUAUGAAACAACAGGAAACUCUGAAAGUGGAAAUUUUCGAGAAGUUUCGUUUGGUGGAAGACCAAGUUGAAAAGCUGCACCAAGAAUAUCGAGAAAAUUUCGAAUCGAAGCAGUCAACGAUCGAUGAGAAUGAGAAAAUAACAUCCAAAAUACCAGAAAAGAGUGACAAUGAGUGUCUUAUAUAUUCCCCUAAAGAUUCAUCGACUUACGGAAAGUCGUUCGUUUUGAAAAAUACAUUCGAAAAUGUUUCAUAUAUGAAGGAUAAUGCUAGAUAUUACAGCAAAGAAGAAGAAGAACAUUUCGGAGUAUCAUGGAAAAUAUUUCUCGAAAUAGAAGAGAAUCAACUCAUGAUCUCUCUUCAAUGUAUGAAACCGUUGAAGGAUAACACUUGGUGCAUUACAACAGAAGCUAGUUUCGAGUUGAUAUCAAAAAAUGGAAGUAGGCAUAAGGAAGUGAGAGUUAUCGAUUUUGGAAAUGAAUUUGGUGGCAUUGGAGAUACUCUCGGACCGAUACCUUUACUCGAAUGGCUUGAUAUAGAGGAGGAAUAUCUCGUCGAUGACAAAUUAGUUUUUGAAGUUCAUGUUGGAAUUGAUUGGAUGAGUGGAGUUUAUAAAAAUAACCUGAGAAAUUUCGGCGAAACGAUUAAACAGUUUUCGGAUGUAACCCUAAAGUCAGCAUUUAUAAAAAUAAACUUCACUUAUAACUUCGCAGAAUUCACUCUCGAAGGAAUCCUCUUGGUUGCUGACAUGUGUGAGACACCAAUGGUAAUCCGGAAAUGCGAAGAGUUUUUACUCGAAAAAUCAAGGAAGACAUUGAAGAAGAAGUUGGAGAUGUCUGCUCGAUAUAAUUUAGAAGGACUCAAAAAAAAGUGUCUCGGCGAGAUCACAUCGAUUGCUGAUAUAAAAUCAGUUAUCUCAGGAAAUACUCACGACAUGGAUUCAUCGAUUAUGGCUGAUCUUUUCCAAAUAUCUCUUGAGUUUCAUUGA